AUGAAGCUUGCUUUUCUAUCCGCUCUCGCCGGGGGAAUUAUUCCCGUUGCAAUCGCUGUGAGUGUGUCCGGUGUUGCAGAGGGCUUUGCGAAAGGCGUCACUGGUGGUGGAUCCGCUACUGCUGUGUAUCCUGCCACGACGAAUGAAUUGGUUUCCUACCUAGGCGAUUCCUCGCCUCGUGUCAUUGUCCUUGAUCGCACGUUUGACUUCACCAAUACCGAAGGCACCACCACUGCGACAGGUUGUGCCCCCUGGGGAACCGCUGCUGCAUGUCAACUGGCCAUUAACCAGAACGAUUGGUGCACCAAUUACCAGCCUGAUGCUCCCUCGGCUUCCGUUACAUAUGACAACGCCGGUAUCCUCGGCAUAAAGGUCGCCUCAGACAAGACCCUCCUUGGUUCUGGCUCCAAGGGUAUCAUUAAAGGCAAAGGCCUUCGGAUAGUGAGCGGAGCAAGCAACAUCAUUAUCCAAAACGUCGCAAUUACAGACCUCAACCCGAAAUACGUCUGGGGAGGCGAUGCGAUCACUGUCAAUAACGCUGACCUGGUCUGGAUUGAUCACGUCACGACUGCCCGCAUCGGCCGCCAGCACCUCGUCCUCGGCACCAGUGCCUCUAACCGCGUGACCGUGUCCAACUCCUACUUCAACGGAGUCACCGACUACAGCGCAACCUGCAACGGCUACGCAUACUGGGGCAUCUACUUCGACGGGUCCAACGACCUCGUCACCUUCAAGGGUAACUACGUGUAUCAUUUCAGCGGCCGCAGUCCCAAGGUGCAAGGGAACACGCUCCUCCAUGCCGUAAAUAACUAUUGGUACGACUCCACUGGCCAUGCCUUCGAGAUUGGGUCGGGCGGCUAUGUUCUCGCCGAAGGUAACGUGUUCCAGAACAUCGCUACGCCCGUCCAGUCACCCGUCAAUGGACAGCUCUUUACAUCGCCCGACACCAACACCAACGCGGUCUGCGCGACGUAUCUUGGCCGGAAUUGCCAGAUUAAUGGGAUGGGUAGCUCGGGGACGUUCAAGCAGUCUGAUACGGCGUUUUUGUCGAACUUCAAGGGGAAGAAUAUUGCUUCCGCUUCGGCGUAUACGGCUGCGCAGAGUUCCGUGCCGAGUAAUGCUGGACAAGGGAAGCUUUGA